UCGCCUGCUGCCAGUGCCUUCGCCUCGGAUUUCUUCCUUUUUUGCCCCCAUCGCUUUUUAAAACAUAACGUUCAAUUUUCAUUAAAUUUCCGAAGAAAACAAACGAGGACGAAUCCUGGAGGGAAUUUGUCUUGUGACGGUACUUGUCCAAGGUGUUCUCGCCAAUGGAGUAAACUAAAGUGUAGGAUCUUCACGACGGACGGGCAUCAGGCACAGCAAGAUGGUGGGUUAUGGUGCCCUUCUCCUAGUCGGGUGCGUGUUCACACCCACCCUGGCGCUGAUUCCCACCCUCAAGAACAAAACAUGUCCGUAUGGUGACUACCUGACUGAGACGGGAAUAUGUUGCUACAAAUGCUCUCCAGGUUUCAAGCUUGUGCACAUGUGCCUCGCUGAGGGGAUGAGGAGUAACUGCGCGCUGUGUCCUGUGGACCAGUACACGGAUGAAAUGAACUACUCUCCCAAUUGUAUGCGAUGCAAGCAGUGCAAAGAGUCCAAAAAUGAAGUACAAGUGUCCAAAUGUGAAAGACACAGAAACACUAUCUGCCGCUGCAAGGACGGGUAUUACACUUUUGUCAUCGACUCCGAGACGACCGAGUGUCGCAAAUGUUUGCAGUGCGGUCCUGAUGAGAAGGAAGUCGACAAAUGCACAUCGGAGAGGAACACGGGUUGCGAGUGCAAGGAGAAGUACCAUCGAGUGAAAAGGAAGUGUGAGCCAUGCAAGACUUGCUCAACUGAUUGCAAACAUCUUUGCGAGUCGCUUCCUUCCCGAAAUCCUACAGCUGUGGAGGAGAGUGGAAACGGAUUCCUCAUCAACGUCCUGGCUGGAGUGGUUGCCACAGCCUUGGUCUUGCUUCUCCUGGUCUUCCUUGUUACCUACAAGGCCACCAAAAGCUGCACAAAAAAGACACUGCUCAAAGUCACGUCUCCAGAAUUAUACGAGACACUGGUUAGGAACACGGAAGCACCGAGCAGUAGCAGCAACAACAGCGACAUGGCUGUUCCUCAGAACACUGUACUUGAAAUGGACCCGUCCGUGUUGCCCGACUGUGUCCCUCUGGAGGUCAAGAUCAGCGACCUCAUCAACACACUGCUUGAGGUGGUUCCCGUGCAUCAGGUCAAGCAGCUGGUGCGUUCCCUUGGUGUGACAGACAACAUCAUCGAAACAGCCAUGUUGGACCACCGCUACGCCAGGGAGGCCCACUACCAGAUGUUCCGAGCGUGGGCCGAGAUGGGCUCGCUAGGCGGCGGCGGUGGAGGUCGCAGUGGAAUGCUGCACUCGGCUAUGCUGCAGAAGCUGCUGCACAAUCUCAGACAGAUGCAGCUGGGGAAGGCGGCCGAGGAGCUGGAGACAAAGUACAGCAUUCAGUAACGCUCUGAUGUGUGCCAAGUGGGACCCAAAAAAAACACACACACACACACCUGAAUCUACGUUUUUGUUCUCAAAGACGGCCUGAAAGAUUGUCCGUGAUAGACACAGUUGUUGCACGCGGCCUUUGUGGACAUAUGAGCUAGCUACCUCUCAUCCUGCCAUCUCUGUGUUGGAUUCAAACUACUGAGAGAGAUCAAGAUGGCUCAAGAUGUUUCCUGGAUUUAAAGAUGGACUAUGCAGAGGCAAAUUUGCCGUUUUUUAUUUGAUGAAUGUGAAUCUUUUGGCUGGAAGUGACAGAAUGUAUGUUCUGAAUGUAAAUAUAGAUUAGAAUGUUCUAGAUCAACACUAUUUAACUGGCGGAAGUCAAAAUGGCCCUCAAGUGUAGUCUUUUUACACUUGAAAAAAUGCUGAAAAAUUGCAGCCUUUUUGCAGUCGUACUUAAAUCAGCAGCAAAGGCGACGCAAAAUAGAAUAAGACGGGAUAGGAUUCAAUUUAUUGUCGUUUCACAUGCACAAAUACAAUGUAAGGAAAAGUUAUUAAGCAUCCAUUUAGUUAAUUAAUGGGAUUUUGAUCGCAUUUGUCGUCCAUCCAUUUUGUGUUUGUGGGCAGGAACAAUUUUUUUUGUUGCUUGCUGCCUUGCAAGUAAACAAUGCUAAAUCUAUGUUAGCAGGUAAGACAACCACCAAGAGCAGCUUACAGAAAAAUUGAAGAAUGCUCAGGAUAUUCACCUUUAGUUGAUAAAAAACACUAGAAACAAAUUCAAAUUCAAUAUGUAAACUUUGCUAUGCUUACUGUUUUUAUAAGAUUAUUCUUUUGACUUCAUAAUGGUCCUGUACAAUGUUCUGAAUCAUGGCAUGUUAUGUUUUAUUAUCAGAAGGCUGGACUUAGGACAACAUUGUUAUAGAUGAUCUUCGACUAUCGGUUCAUCAACGUUUAUGGGCCUGACGAUCGCUCUUAAAAGUACACAUGGUUCCCGUUCCUUUCCAUUGGUAUUCCCCGGUUCUAGACACUUGGAUCAUUUAAAAUGGUGCAAAAAAUAAUAUUUUCUCUAAAAAAGAAAAAAUAAUGUUGUUAUUUUCACGUCUUUUCCAGCUAGAAGGUAUCAUUCAACACAUAAAAUGACCUCAUAUGGACAGACUAUGAAUUGUUUUGUGUGAUUCAAACCCUUCAUGGUAUAUCUCAAACUCUCAUUGUAUGGUUAGAAGUUUUGUCAUAUCAAACCAAUGAAGCAAUGUGGUGCGGUAAUGUUGUACAUACUGUAUAUACUUUUUAAAAUACCUAUUAAGGAAAUGUAGGCAGAGUAAAUACUCUUCAGGGUGAAUAGUUCUACUUUAAAGUCGGAACACUAUUCAACCAUGGCUGAGGUUAAAGGUCAUCUGGGUGCUAAUUGUCGCAGUGGUUGCUCUUGACUUUUUUUGUCAUUUGUUUUGAAGCUAGCAGCGGGGGGGUUCUUUUUAAACUGUAUUAAAAUCAGUGUCCAUUGGGGAAAAUCCCUCCCGUAUUCCCAGAUGUCCUCCUCCUCCUUCACCUCCUCCGACUUGUCAGCAUUCCAUUAGGCCCCAUUCUUAUGCAAGCAUUAAUCACGGCCUUUAAUGCGAAGCAGGGCCGCGCCUUGUUUCAGGCCGUCAUACCAAUCUCAGCCUGCACCAACUAGUAAAUGUGCCAAGGUCUUUCCUCAUACACUUUAUGCAACACACUUUAAUAUGGACGUUCUCCAGCACAAUGAGUGUUGCAGCGAGGUUCUUUUCAAUAAAGCAAAGGUCAAGUGUCA